UACAUACACAUCGAACCCGAACGUUGAAAAAGGCUUAGAAAAGCCAACGAGCCCACUGGCUCAAGCCCUUUUUCUUUCUUCACUAUUUAUACCCAUAAACACCAUUAUUUCUGGAUAAAAAGUGUGCAGAAGCUUGUACAACAGUGUUGGAGCUUGAUGCUCAGGGGGAUGCCGCCUGAUCCGGUAAGAAGAGCAGCAGUAGGACAGCGCCUGUACUAUCUUCAGCUCUGGCGGGAGUUCGCCGCUUUACAUACACGCUCCAACACCGCUAAACGUCCUGUGGCCUUCGCAGUGAGUCUCUCGUCACAAUGCACACUUAAUCCUCCACUCUUAACACGUCUCAUCGCUCGCGAGAUCUCGGAUCAAGCGCUUUUUUACGUUUCUCUUUGUGUGUUAUUUUUCGUUGUUGUUGUUUUUUCAUUAAUCGUCGUCAUCCGUGUCGCGAAUAAUUGGCCCCCUCUCCGAGCUCCGUUGUGCCCAAUUAUUUCGAGACUCGCUAAACAAACGAGAGAUUCUGGUCAAGGAUAAUAAUAAAAAGAAAGGUAAACAAAAUCGCAGUGACCCAUAUUGGCGGCAAAUGCUGCACGCGUUAUGUUUCGGGGAAUCGAAAGGACGAAGAAACAGGCGAAAAUUAACGGCCGAAAUUAAUAUUCAGAAAUAGACGAAAUCGAAGGACGGACCCACGCCGACUGCGUGCAUCGCGCCUCGACUUUCCUUCACCCAACAAGUACUUAACGCCAUUUCGACAAGAACAAACCUCGCGAAUAUCCGGAGCGAGACGUCACAGCAAAAAUGCUUAUUUGGUGACGCACACGGUGCUGAAAUCGAUGGGAAUUCAGAUUUUUAUAAACCAGCUCGUGCAUUUUUAUUAUAACGAGUGGAGGAUCUAAGACACGCCGCCGGAGUGAUCCACCUCGGGAGUUUUGAAACAAAAAAGCGAUUUCACCACACGGAUUGACAGUGACGUUUCUUAUCGUUUCUUUUCUCCUCGAUUGACAGGGCAUUUCUUAUCCUCCUUUCUUGUCACGUCUUUUAGCCAAACGGCUAAUUUAUCAAGACUCAUUGUAUUAACGAGUGUGUCUCGUAUUACGAGCGAACGAAUAAUUCGUCGCCUGGCCAAUCGUUUCGUCGGCGGUUCAAUUUAUCGGAUGUGACUAUGCCGGGCAAGUGGAAGCGUCAAAGUGUAAGCGGAAUUUGUGUUCAUCACUAAACAGUGACUUCGUGCUGUGCAUUCAAACGCUUUCGACUGAACGGUAACGGUUUAAGGAUCAAAGUUAUACGACGAACUUUAUAAAUAAGUAAUGAUUGCAGGUUCGAAAAAAGUUUCAGUGUCCGUACGUGUAUGAAAGAACUUUUCGUCGAUACAGCCUCUCUCGAUAACAAAUAAUUAAUCAGCUCCGCAUUAAUAAUAUUACAUUCAUUAAUUGCAUUACACUAAUAACAAUACAUUAAUAAACUUUUUAAAAAUCGGGAUGCCUGAACCCGCCGUUGCUGAGCAUUCGACCAAUCCGGACACGACGAUGAACGUGGCUACGGUAUUUCCCGUGAGUGAAGAGGAGGCUCGGAGACAGGCCGCAAUCGCAUCUGGGAGUGCACGUCAACGGAUAACUCGUGCUAAAGACUUCGUGGGUCUGGAGGAGGUCUCGAAGAUCGAUUUCCUCCUGCCACUUUUCGCCGAAGCUCUGGGCACCGGUCUUCUCGUUCUCAUAGGAUGCGCCUCUUGCGUCACGUGGACCGACAGUGGUGCGCCUACGGUGCUUCACAUAGCAUUCACAUUCGGCCUCGCCGUGGCAGCUCUUGCUCAGGUUCUGGGCCCCAUAUCUGGAUGCCACGUAAAUCCAGCAGUAAGCGUGGGUCUUCUCGCGAGCGGUAAUUGCACUUUACUGAAAGCAUUGUGUUACGUGGUUUGCCAGUGUUGCGGAGCGAUCGCCGGUGCAGCGGUACUGAAGGCAUCGAUCCCCCAGCAACGGUGGAUCGCUGGAAUGGGUGCGACGAAUCUCGGCACGGACGUGGAGAGCGGUCAAGGCCUCAUGAUCGAAGCCAUCGUAACGUUUCUCCUGGUUCUCGUGGUCCACGCGGUCACCGAUCCAAAAAGAAGCGACACCAAAGGCUGGGCCCCUCUGGCGAUCGGGCUGACGAUUUCGGUGGCUCACAUGGCCGCGGUUCCAGUUACCGGAAGCAGCAUGAAUCCGGCGAGGACCCUCGGCCCCGCGGUGAUCCUCGGAGUGUGGUCGAAUCACUGGGUUUAUUGGGCUGGUCCCCUCAUCGGUGCUAUCGUUGCCGGUGGUUUGUACAAGCUUGGGCUUAGACCAAAAAACAAGGAGGAGGAUGAGGCCUCAAAAAAUCUCAUACCUCGAGCUUAACGAGUAUUUCAAACAAUUGAGAGUACAAACAAUGCGAGUCUAAUCCAAAUGGAUAUGAGCUGGACGGGGAGCUGAUGGUGUGUAAGAACGGCAGAGAUCGAUCGCGAUCGAAGAAAAGUGUUAUUAAAUAUCUUAAUAACAACAAAUACCUUAUUGUACAAAAGUCGAAUUUUCGUGUCCGACCAUUCAGAUCCUCUCGUUCUUUUCCGUUUGUCAAAAUUUGCCUUCACUUUAAAUUGUACUCGAGAAUAUUUAUGAUCCCGAAAAGAUACGAAGGUCGAGAAUUCGUUCCGACGAAUUUUUCUCGUUGUUCCAAGUCCUUAAAUUCUUAGUGAAACUCACAAACGUCAAAACGAUACUUCUAUUUCCGCCGGGCGGAAAUGACUAAUGUCCGAUUAAUUGUCAAGUAGUUUUAGUGCAUCGACCAUUGAAAAUAUAAAUUUUAAAUCCAUUAUCAAAAAGUAGUUAUCAUCAUCGUAAACUAAAUAUCGUUAAAUUCAACAAAAUUAUCAAGAAACUUCAACACAAUGGACCACUCACACUCGCAUCACCUCCGAAACAUUCCUCAUCAAAUGAAUCUUUCCAUUAUUGUUGUAACAGCAAUCACGAUUAUCCAUUCGAUAAUCAAACGCCUCUGUUUAAGAAUUGUAUAUAUUGUAAACUUGUAAAUUUAAGCUUUUUAGUCGUAGUUGUUUUCGCAUAUGCACACGUGCGAGUAUAAUUAUACGUUACUUAUAAAACGUUUUUGUAUUACA